AUGUCUGCCUCGAUGGAUCUGGCCACGACACCGGGAAUGCAGCCGCCGGCCGGCCAGACACCGCAGUUCCAGGCGCCUUGGAACUCGCUGCAAAUAGGGACGGUGGUCGCCUGGGGCAUCACCUACUUUAUCGCUACACUCUUUCUUGGCCUGCGCUACUUCCAGUCCUUCAAACUGAUUAAAAAGAUUGAGCUCGACUUGGUCAUCAUCACGAUCUCCUACGGCGCGGCCUUGUUCUAUUUUAUAAGCAUGCUUAAGCGUCAGUCCCUGGCCCUGCUCCCUAAUACCUUGACUUACUUGGUAUGUCCCGCCAUAACCAAGAUGGCCAUCUUGUCUGUCUUGUUUCGCAUCAACCCGUCCAUUCCCUAUCGAUGCGCGGUUGUCGCAGUCGGCGUUGCGAUCUUUGGCUAUACCUUGACCUUAUGCGUCAUCACCGGGGGGCCAUGUAAUCCGCUCAAAACGGGGACCACCCAGUGUCUGGAAAACGUCGCUCUGGCCCAGGCAGCCCUAAAUAUCGCAUCUGAUUUUGCCGUCGUCCUCUUGCCCAUCCCCACGAUUGUGAAUCUCCACUUUUCGCUGAAACAGAAACUCACCGUCGGCAGCCUCCUGGCUCUGGGAUCUGGUGUCGUUGUCUGCUCAAUAGCCCGCUUACCAUAUGUCCUCCGUCUCGAAAAGACCCCCGACACAACCUAUACCGAAGCUAUUCUCGGUGUGUGGUCCCUAGUAGAGGUCAACCUCGGCAUCAUCUGCGCCUGCGCAAUGCGGUUCAAGCGGCUGAUUGCGACAUACCUGCCGCGCCUAUCACUGUUCUCGUCGCACACGCACAGUAGUGGGAAAAUGACGUAUGAAUCAUUCAACAGAUUUCAGCCCGCAGACCGGAAAGGCCAGCAUACAUACCAGCUCCACAGCGUUCAGAACGGCAGCGCAGAUCCGUUUUCCGGCGGCAAUGACAUCUCCGUCAGCCGCUCGUACAAGGUGAAUGUAGAAGGGGACGGUGAAAGUAUGGAAACUAUUCUGCGUUGA